AUGAUGGCUAGCUAUCCCGAGCCCCAGGACGCCGCGGGGGCCCUGCUGGCCCCGGAGACCGGCCGCGCAGCCAAGGAGCCCGAGGCGCCGCCGCCGCCGCCGCCGCCGAGCCCGGGCAAGGGUGGCGGCGGCGGCGCCGGGACAGCCCCGGAGAAACCGGACCCGGCGCAGAAGCCCCCAUACUCGUACGUGGCGCUCAUCGCCAUGGCGAUCCGUGAGAGCGCCGAGAAGAGGCUCACGCUGUCCGGCAUCUACCAGUACAUUAUCGCCAAGUUCCCGUUCUACGAGAAGAACAAGAAGGGCUGGCAGAAUAGCAUCCGCCACAACCUCAGCCUCAACGAGUGCUUCAUCAAGGUGCCGCGCGAGGGCGGCGGCGAGCGCAAGGGCAACUACUGGACGCUGGACCCGGCCUGCGAGGACAUGUUCGAGAAGGGCAACUACCGCCGCCGCCGCCGCAUGAAACGACCCUUCAGGCCGCCGCCCGCGCACUUCCAGCCGGGCAAGGGGCUCUUUGGGGCCGGAGGUGCCGCGGGUGGCUGCGGCGUGGCAGGCGCGGGGACCGACGGCUACGGCUACCUGGCGCCCCCCAAGUACCUGCAGUCCGGCUUUCUCAACAACUCGUGGCCGCUACCGCAGCCGCCCUCGCCCAUGCCCUACGCCUCGUGCCAGAUGGCGGCGGCCGCUGCGGCGGCGGCUGCAGCAGCGGCGGCCGCAGGCCCGGGCAGCCCAGGCGCGGCCGCUGUGGUCAAGGGGCUGGCGGGCCCGGCGGCCUCGUACGGGCCGUACUCACGCGUGCAGAGCAUGGCGCUGCCUCCCGGCGUAGUGAACUCGUACAACGGCCUGGGAGGCCCGCCCGCCGCGCCCCCGCCGCCGCCGCCUCACCCCCACUCACACCCGCACGCACACCAUCUGCACGCGGCUGCCGCACCCCCGCCGGCCCCGCCGCACCACGGGGCCGCCGCACCGCCCCCCGGCCAGCUCAGCCCCGCCAGCCCGGCUACUGCCGCGCCCCCGGCGCCCGCGCCCACCAACGCACCCGGCCUGCAGUUCGCCUGCGCCCGGCAGCCCGAGCUCGCCAUGAUGCAUUGCUCUUACUGGGACCACGACAGCAAGACCGGCGCGCUGCACUCGCGCCUCGAUCUCUGA